AUGAAGGCCUACAUCGCACUUCCCUUGCUGGUGGGUGCUGUUCUUGCAGCCCCCCAGCAGCAGAAAGCCACUCGCGACAACAAGCCCUUCAAGGAGCCCUCAGAAAACGGGUCGGGCUGCUACGUACGCGACGACAGUCCGACUCUGCAGGCUCGGCCUCCUACUUAUGCCGAGGACUGCACCGGCACAAUUGAAUACUGUCUCCGAGGAUUUUACCAGCACCACGGAGAGGACUUUGCCGACGCCGACGCAUGCCUCUGGUCCCGAGGCAAGGACCCCAAUACCAUUGACGCCUAUCGCAUCCUGAACAAGGAGGACUACGACGCUGGUCUCGAGGCUCUCCGGCAAGGAAACCAGAUCUAUAAUAGAUAUUUGCUCAUCGACCGCCUCGUCAACACCCGCGUCUCGGACGACAAGGACAAGGAGGGCAACGACAUUAUUAAUUCACUCCGGGGCUGGAAUCAACACCGCGUGUCUCUGGCCCGCGAAUCCCUUGACCUGGCCAAGCGCAAGUUUGCCACGGCCUUUGCGCCAGAAUUCUCGGGCGAAAUUAACCAGGCUAUUGACGACGCGAGGGCUAAGCUUAACGCUGCCUGGACUCAAGUCAAGGAGACUAAUGUCAAUCACCUUUCCGGUCUUUGGGAGUGGUUCCGUGGAAAGACGGAGGAGAAGUACUACAAGAGCUGGUAG